GUAUUCUUUAAUUUAGAGGUAUUCUUUACUUUAGGGUCUUCUUAAGUACUUAUUUUGUUCCAUCAUAAUACCCGUGAUGUCGCUAUAUCAUCGACUAGUGCAAAAAUCCCAUCUUGGUAUAAUUAUCGUUCUCAUUUUCGGGAAUAUACUCUUCUUCGGAUACUUUUAUACUUUAAAUUCAGAAAAAUCUUAUAUUUAUUCACCAUCUGGGGAAUCGGAGUAUUAUGUCUUACAGAACAAUUUGGUUUCCAAUGACCAGGAAUUGAGCAAGAUUGUUGAGUCCCAACAGUUGGGGAGUCUCAGUGAACAAGAGGUUAUCUCCAAAUUGUCCGAACGAUUGAAAGAUUCUGAACAAAGUAAGAAAAUAGCAGAAAAGAUUAAACAGCAAGUCUCUGAUGAGUAUAAAGAGAGAUACAUCGAGGAACUAAAAGCCCAAGUCGAUAAGGAUUACACCCAGCAAAUAUUUCGUCAACUGGAAAAAUCGUAUACUUUAUUCCAGGAGUUGAAAGCGAAAUUCUUAAUUGACCAUAGUAAGGAGAUAAAACAGUCUUUAAUCAAUGAUAUAUUGAAGGAUGCAAAUGAUGAUGGCGAUGGAAAGGCGUCCAAUCUCAAUUCUCUAAUAUCCAGUAAGGUCGAUAGCCAAAUUAAUAAGCAAAACUACUUGUCUUUUAUAUUCAAUGAUUUGAUAUUUGCUUUCAAACCGAAAACCGAAUCGAUUCCUAAAAUGCAAGAGGGUGAUUCGAUCGGUGGAAAUAUGUUUCGUGAAGUUUUGAAUCCAGGUUAUACUAAAGAAUUUUUAACUAAGGAAAGAGUAGAAUUGAAGGAUGAUGUUUUCAAAGAUUUACAAGAUAAUCAUGAUAAUUUGGUUAAAGCCUUGCAUAAUCUUGAUCCACCUUUACCCCAGUUUUAUAGUGGAGAUGGGAUUGUGAUUAAUGGUGGGGGUGUAUUCAUGACUGGUGCCAUCAUUACUUUGAUUCAACUACGUGAAUUAGGUUCAAAAUUACCGGUGGAAAUCAUCCUUAAUGAUAGCGAAGAUUAUGAUGAUCACAUCUGCAAAACACUAUUACCUAAAUAUAAUGCUGGGUGCAAGAUCAUACAGCAGGAACUUGGGGAUGAAUUGUACAGAAAACUCAAGUUAUCAAGUUUCCAGUUCAAAGUUGUCGGUUUAUUGGUUUCAAGUUUUGAUAACAUAAUUGCCCUUGACGCUGAUAACUUGCCUAUUAGAAACCCCGAUUACUUACUUUUUUCUGAACCUUUUCUUUCCUCCAAAUUCUUAUUAUGGCCAGAUAUUUGGCAUAAAGGUACUUCUCCUUUAUACUAUGAUAUUGCCCGUUUUAAAAUUAGUGGUCCCCCCACUAAAAGACAAGGUUUAAAAAAUGAUCAGGAUUAUGGAGAAUAUGUUAAAAAAAAUAUCGAUAAUGAAGUUUUCUUUCAUGAUUUACAAGGUACUCCUCCUGGUAUUGGGGCAGAAACUGGUCAAUUGGUUUUUUCUAAAAAAGAACAUUUCCGUAGUUUUGUUUUAUCAUUAUAUUAUAAUAUUUAUGGUAAAUCCCAUUAUUACCGUUUAUUAUUUCAAGGUACUUUUGGAAGUGGUGAUCGUGGAACUUUUAUACCAGCCUUACACGUUAUGAAUGAACCUUAUCAUCUUAAUAAUUACCAUGUCUGGUUUGCUGGUUAUGAAGAGAAAUACAUGAAAAGUGGUAAGGUAAACUCUCGAUUAGAAGAAAGUACAAUGGUUCAACAUGAUCCAAAGACUUCAAUCAAGUUUUAUGAAGAUUGGGAAAAAUGGCUCAAGGGGAAAAACAUGGACAUUAGACUCUAUCCAUUUCAAGAUAACGAUUACACAAGAGAUUUGUUUCAAUCAUUUUUGGAUGAUAUGAAAAAUUCAAAUAAUGGUCAAGAUUAUAAACUACCCGAGGUCUUGUUUUUGCAUGUACAUAAACCAAAAAUCAACCCAGUAAGAAACUUGUCCCCUAAAUAUAAGUUUCAAUUUAAAGAAAAAGUUUAUACUCAAAGAUUUUUAGGAGAGUCCGGGAAAUAUAAUAAAGAGUUCGAUUCAAAUGAAGAUUGGGAAUUAAAAUUCAAUUCAAUUGCAAAAUGGGUUGUUUGUGAUGCACUCGAUAGUAAACGAUUCUGGAACGAUAUUGCUAAUCUAAAUCAAAAGGAUGUUUGCAAAAAGAUUAGUCUGUUUGUUGAAUUUUUAAAACGAGAUUCAACCAACAAAGAUUCAGCUAAAUUAACUUCUGUGUAA